AUGAUGCUCCAGGCCAUUGUUUCAGUGCAACUGGGGCCUCCUAUUGCCCCAAAGCCAAAAGGAAUUGAUUCGUGGUUGCAACGACAGCGAGCAGCUGCUGCUGCUCUGGGUGCAGGUGCUGGUGCUGCUGCUCAAGGACAACAGCAGCCUCCGCAUGCUGCCAGUGGAAAUGAGGGUUUGCCGUCGUACGCUGAUGUCGCCCAGGCACCUCAUGCUUACCCAGGGGUAUCUUCGCCGGUGCCUCCAGCGAGGCUCAGAGUACCAGAAAACCUUUUAGGAGAUGGGGUUCGAGAUCUAGAUCUGGAAACAGUUGUUGAACUUGAGGGAGAAGUUGAGAAGUUGGUUGGGCCGGACGAACCACUGCAUAUUGUUAAAGAGAAAUUGCAGAGUCAAACUCUGUACACUGUGUUUAAGCUAAAACGGCAAGCGGAGGUAUCCUCCAGUCUUUUUAAGCAGUGGAGGCAGACGAGGAAACCAGACUACGGCAAGCCGCUGGCAACUGACUACGAUGCUCUAGACUGGAGCGAGGAUGAAGUUUGGUAUAGUGAUGAUGAUUAA